AUGGUUCAAGUAACAUUUUGUUUUGUCGUCGUGCUGGGUUUAUUGUUCGAUGUUAGUAAUGGCUUCUUUAAUAGAGGAAGAAACACAUUACCUUGGAUACCUCUGAUGCAUGAAACUGAGGACAGCGCUGAAAUAAUUGGAGGCGAUGAGGUCGACAUAAAGCAGUAUCCAUUUCAGGCGGGUGUAUUUUAUUCAGAUGAUUUCUAUUGUGGAGGAUCCAUCAUCAGCGAAGAAUAUAUCAUCACCUGCGGUUAUUGUGUAGCAUCGAAUGAUACCAAAGAUUAUCAAAUAAAAGUCGGCACUACACAUUUGUCAGAAGGUGGAACAGUUUACAAUGUCUCAGCACUUAUUUAUCAUCCCUAUUUUGUUUUGGAAGAACUUGACUAUAAUGUAGCACUCGUUAGAACGACUGGAAAAAUGAAAAUUGACGGUACGACAGUAAAACCUGUGCAACUGGCGAAUUCCGACAGCGUGCUGAAACCCGGUGACAACAUUGUAGUGACUGGAUGGGGAGCAAUGCAAAAUGGAUCUUUGUCGAACUCGCUAAGAGCAUUAGCAAUGCCUGUUACUACACAAGAAUAUUGCACUGAAUCAUAUAAACAUCUAGUGAAUAUUACGGAUCGCAUGUUUUGCGCUGGAUUCGAGAAAGGUGGCAAAGGUGUCUGUGCCGGUGAUGGGGGCGGUCCAGCUGUAGAAGAAAAAAGUAAUGUACAAUAUGGGCUCAUUACAUUUAGCAAUGGUUGUGCAGAAGCAGGCUUUCCUGGAGGAUUCAUUAACAUUUCUGCAUUAAGAGACUGGAUAAAAGAAGUUGCCGGCGUUUAA